AUGGGACGAAGAAAGAUUGAGAUCAAGGCGAUCAAAGAUGACAGGAAUCGCUCUGUCACAUUCUUGAAGCGAAAAGGCGGCCUCUUCAAGAAGGCUCAUGAGCUUUCCGUGCUUUGUUCCGUUGAUGUUGCCGUCUUUAUCUUUGGUAAUAACAAGAAGCUUUACGAAUACUCGUCCGCAGAUAUGCGAGAGCUCAUCCACAGAUAUCAAUAUCAUGGCGGUCCGAGUGAACACAAAGGCCCAUCCGACUUCAACGGCGGUAACGAUGACGACGAGGACGAGGAAGGCGAUGGUACCCCUCCCCAUGGAUCUGAAGUUGUUGAGAACCAGAUGAUGCCACCGCAUCCCUACGCACAGCAUCAGCCUUCUUUCCCUCAGAUUCGACAUCACACACCUUCGGCAUCACCACCUAUCGGUAAUGGCAGCGGUCCCUUCCAAGCGCAUCCCGGACAUCCUAUUCAGCGACAACAUACCCCGCAGCCGUCAAUCGGUUCACGGCCGGCAUCUCGAACUGAUAUGCGCCGAAUGGGUCCCAGCAUGAUUCAGCCUCCACCUCCCAACGGUCCUCCGCAUCCUGGAAUGAACUACAUGCCUAAUCCGCCUAUCUACAACUCGCCUCAUCCUCCCGGUCUAAUGCAUCAACACGGUCCUCAUCCUCCAUCGCACCCUCAGCCUCAGUAUGCAUACCACCAGCAACCCGGUCCAAUGCAGCAACAAGCGCCGUAUAUGGAUGACCGCAGGUCCCCGAUGCCGUCCCCGAUGCCUCCCGCUUACACUUCGCAACCGCCGUCACAAGGAAUACAAGCUCCAGCACGACCCACCCCAUCGCCCCAGCCAGUGCAACAACAUCUUCCCCAAGGCUUGUCGCAAAUGUCUCCGCCGCCACCCCAACCUGAACGUCGCCUGCAAGAUCCUCCACCGCCGCCUCCUAUUGAACCCAAGACUGAACCACAAGAACGCCCUCAACCGCCUCUACUGAAUACGGACAGCGCCAUCAAGAAGCUACCUCAAAGGAAGUCGCAUAGUAUCUUCACUCCUAUUGAAGAGAACCGGUCGAUCUUGUCCCAGCACCUUGCAUCUUUUACUUCCGAAUCCGUUAAAUCUGAGUCUGCUGCAGCUGCCGCCGCUGCUAAUGCCGCCAACGCCGCCAACCGUUCUCAGUCAGUGGAUGUGGCUGCACUGAAUCGGGCCGCUGACGCGGCUAGAUCAUCACCUCAUCUGCCACAGCGGGCCAGUACCCAAACCGAUGAAAAGUCCCGAACUGUAUCUUUGUCGUCAAUUCCAGAAACCACUUUGACGCCGCCAUCGCGGUCAAAUAGUACCAAGGCGGCUGGUGGUCCUGGUGGUGCUCGACCUCGUGGCCCUCGUUUAACGGUGCAGAUUCCAGAUGGCGGAUCUGAAGGCGGCGGCAGUGCACGAACGGCAGAGUCAAACUCUCCUCGUAAUGCUGCCGAAACCACUACACAGCCUCCUCAACGUCACAACUCCCAGUCGUCGCUCGUGCUUCCUCCUCCGUCUCCUUCUGCAUCUGCAAUAUUGUCUGCGGGUGCUACUGGCCCACCAAAUCCCUUUGCUCGGCCACCUCCUCAGCAGCAUGUGAAUGGUGAAACUCCUGUCUCUGCCCUGCCAUCACGUUUCUUGACAAAUGAACUCCUGCCAAGCCCAAGUAGCUUCUACCCUGAUUGGAAUUUCAGGGGAGGUGACAGUAAUACACUACCUAGCCCGCUCAACUUUGCUACUCCGGUUGUCGGAUCAGGGCCUAGCUUUCUCAGAGAUGAAAACCUAAACACAACGCCUAAUGCGACUCUCAUUGCCUUGAAGGAUGUGAAGGACACAACAUCAAAUGCCAAUGGGAGCUUGGGUCAGAACUUGAGUGUCGGCAUAGGCAAUUCUACUGCGACAAAACGAAAGACUCCUGAAGUAGGAGCCACAUCUCAGAGUGAGGCCGCAGAAGAGUCAGAAGCAAAGAGGGUCAAGGUUGAAUGA